CGCUACAACACCACAAAAGAAAAGCAAAGUACACUACCACGUUGCCGUCAUCAUCAACUACCUGGGCCACUGCAUCUCCCUGGUAGCCCUCCUGGUGGCCUUUGUCCUCUUUCUGCGGCUCAGGAGCAUCCGGUGCCUGAGGAACAUCAUCCACUGGAACCUCAUCUCGGCCUUCAUCCUACGGAACGCCACGUGGUUCGUGGUCCAGCUCACCAUGAGCCCGGAAGUCCACCAGAGCAAUGUGGGCUGGUGCAGGCUGGUGACAGCUGCCUACAACUACCUCCACGUGACCAACUUCUUCUGGAUGUUUGGCGAGGGCUGCUACCUGCACACGGCCAUCGCGCUGACGUACUCCACCGACCGGCUGCGCAAGUGGAUGUUUAUCUGCAUCGGCUGGGGUGUGCCUUUCCCCAUCAUCGUGGCCUGGGCCAUUGGGAAGCUGUACUACGACAAUGAGAAGUGCUGGUUUGGCAAAAGGCCUGGGGUGUACACGGACUACAUCUACCAGGGCCCCAUGAUCUUGGUCCUGCUGAUCAAUUUCAUCUUCCUUUUCAACAUUGUCCGCAUCCUCAUGACCAAACUCCGGGCAUCCACCACAUCUGAGACCAUUCAGUACAGGAAGGCUGUGAAGGCCACCCUGGUGCUGCUGCCCCUCCUGGGCAUCACGUACAUGCUGUUCUUCGUGAACCCCGCGGAGGACGAAGUCUCCCGGCUCGUCUUCGUCUACGUCAACUCCUUCCUGGAAUCCUUCCAGGGUUUCUUCGUGUCUGUGUUCUACUGCUUCCUCAACAGCGAGGUCCGCUCUGCCAUCCGGAAGAGGUGGCACCGAUGGCAGGACAAGCACUCGAUCCGCGCCCGCGUGGCCCGCGCCAUGUCCAUCCCCACCUCCCCCACCCGUGUCAGCUUUCACAGCAUCAAACAGUCCACAGCAGUCUGA